CCACCACUAAAUCUAAAGAAAUUAGAAAAAUAAUGUUUCAGCUUAUACAUCAUCGAAACGAGGAGAAUAAAUCCAGAUACAGGCUAAAGAGAUGAUAGAACUUGUACAGAAGAAUAUGAUUUUCUGAGAUUAAAAAAAUGGUUCUAAGUAGUAUCCCAAUCUUUUUCACUGAUGCAUCGUUGAUACCAAAGCCUCUGUUGCUUUGGAUUUCGAUGUUGUACAAAGUCAGCUAUUACAAUGCAUCAUUUGUGUAUUCCGUUGCAUCACCAUCAUACCUAUUUAAAUACUAUGCACACUCGCAGCACCAGGACAUUGAAGAACAUACCAGAGAAAUUUCAGCUCAUCAUCCUUUAAAAAGUUCAGAACUCGAGACGGGCUCAUCAAGCAGAAAUGGAGCUCAGUAUCUUGAUGUUCAUGAUGCUUCUGUCCAUGUUUGUUCACUCAGCUUUCUAUUCAAGUUUGUGUAUUGUAAACCCUUCACUUUCUUCUUCCUGCAUUCAAGUACAUCACCAGAAGCAAUGGAUCAAAUCCCUGGAAACUUAGGUUGGCCGGUAGUUGGUGAAAGUGUCUCAUUCGUAUCCAACUUCUCCAGCCCUUCUGGUAUAUUCAACUUCAUGAACGAGAGGCAGCAGAGGUAUGGGAAGGCGUUCAAGACAAGGGUUUUGGGGAGACUUAUGGUCUUCAUGACAGGAAGAGAAGCAAGUGAAAUGUUGUUGACAGGCAAAGAUGGGAUGGUAAGCUUGAACCUGUUCUACAAAGGACAGCAGUCUGGCAAUAGAAACAUUGGAUCAAUGGUCAGGACGGGGAUUUUGGAUCUUGAAGAGGCUUCUACAUUCACUCUGAAAGUAAAAGGCAACAUGAUAAUGAGCCUGGAACCAACAGGGGAGGGGCAAGAGAAGUUCAGGGCCAAUUUCAAGAUCAUUUCUUCGUAUUUUGCUUCCCUGCCACUGAACAUCCCAGGAACAGGAUUUUAUCAUGGUCUGAAGGCUCGAGAUAGGAUGCAUGCUAUGAUAGACUCAAUAAUAGCCAAGAGGCGAAAUGGGGAAGUUUUCAGACAAGACUUCCUGCAAUCCCUGAUAAUGAGGCAUAGCCAUGACACCACAACUGCUGGUCUUGCAUGGCUGAUCAAAUUCCACGGAGAAAAUCCUGAUGUUCUGGAACAACUCAGAAUGGAACGCCAAGAAAUUAAAGCAAACAGAAAGGAUGGAGCAGGUGAGAAAUUACUGCUGAUCAAUGAAACUUUUCGAAGAGCAACAAUCUUACCUGGGUUCUCAGGAAUAGCUGCUCAGGAUUUUGAGAUAGAUGGCUACAGCAUUAAGAAAGGUUGGUCUGUCAACUUGGAUGUUGUUUCCAUACAUCAUGAUCCUGGAGUUUUCCCCGACCCUCAAAAGUUUGAUCCCUCCAGGUUCAAUGCACCACUGAGGCCUUUCAGCUUUCUGGGAUUUGGAAGUGGACCGCGAAUGUGCCCUUGAAUCCACCUGGCUAAACUGGAAAUCUCCAUUUUCAUCCAUCACUUGGUCUGCAGAUACAAGUAAGAUGAGAAAAUUUUUAAGGACUAGCAGAAAUCCACCAAACGUACUGUUUCUACCUCAGAUUAUUUUUCUGCGUUUCGAAGAUAGAAUUUGGAGGAUUGGAUAAAAGGGCAUUUCAUCA